AAAACAUAUUAAGCAAACAAAGCUAGAAAAGAGAGAGGCGGUGAUAGCUGUCCUUGUGACUGGUACUCCUGUAAGUCAAAAGAAGGAAGGAAAUUGUGCUUGGACACUACACAACUCGCCACCAUGUCGGUAACAAUGUGUCAAACCAUGGGCUUUCUUGUAUCAGCCCUGGGCUUUGCUGGGAUUAUAGCAGCAACUGCUUUGGAUCCAUGGAGCACGCAAGAUUUAUACGAUAAUCCAGUUACUGCUGUGUUCCAGUACCAGGGACUCUGGAAGAGUUGUGUCCAACAGAGUUCCGGAUUCACCGAGUGUCGACCCUACUACACUAUCCUUGGGUUACCAGCUAUGUUCCAGGCAGUCAGAGCCCUGAUGAUUGUGGGCAUAGUGUUGGGAGCCAUUGGCUUACUUGUGGCCAUUUUUUCCCUGAAGUGUAUUCGCAUCGGUAACAUGGAGGAUUCUGCCAAGGCCAACAUUACCUUGACAUCUGGUAUCAUGUUCAUUCUGGCAGGACUCUGUUCAAUAAUCGGAGUAUCUGUCUUUGCCAACAUGUUGAUUACAAACUUCUGGAUGACUACAGCUAAUAUGUACACAGGUGGUGCUAUCAGUGGAAUGGGAGGAAUGGGCGGAUUGCAGACUCUACAAACAAGAUAUACUUUUGGGGCAGCCCUUUUUGUUGGAUGGGUCGCUGGAGGCUUGACGUUGAUUGGAGGUGUUAUGAUGUGCAUAGCAUGCCGUGGACUCAUGCCAGAAGAAAGCAACUUCAAGGCAGUUUCCUACCAUGUUUCCACAAAAACCCCAGGCUACAAGACAUCCGCCUACGAGGAUAAGAGUAAAAAAUCCAUUUACAACGAAUCCAGACGCAGCGAGGAUGGGAAGAGCUACCCUUCAAAAUAUGAUUAUGUGUAGCCGCUUAAGUACCUGGCAUCUACCUACAGUUAUAUACAGUUGUACUGUUUAUUAUAAGGGGAUGGCUGUAUUAAUCAGUGCAACCCAUCAAGAUAAUUUAUUGCUAAUCAGCAACAUGGUACAGCUAAUGAGUAAGUUUGUUAACCUGCAUCUCAUGGCUAAGCACUGUUUAUUAAGCCAAAUCCUUUUUUUUUUUUGUUUUAUAGUAUAUUUUAAAAUGAUUUUUACAUAAACCUGUUUGUAUCUAUACACUUAUAGUUUAGCUUAUAGUUAUGUUUAUAGUUAAAGUUGCUUUUUAAAGAUAUAAUAGCCAAACAUUUCUGAAAAUGUAACCAAGGGACUACAACCGAACCCUGUGCUGCUGCUCUAUUGGUUUCCAGGCCGAUACAAGGUUCUGUCUGUGUUUUGGGCUGGGAACAUUUUUCUUGAGCAGUGCCUCCUCUUUGGGCAGGCCCUUGGAGAUGAAACUGCUGAUGUAUUUCUAUGAUAAGGAUUAGUUACACAUGGACAGGACCUUUCUAAAAUGGCCUCUUAGAUGUUACCUACAAAGUAGUGCAGUAAGCCAAAGCAACCAUUAGUCUAUAUAUACUAGGUAAUUGUUGCUGGUUCCUAGAGACCAUUGCAAUGAUCCAAAAUUGUACUUAUAUCAGUGUAUAUAUAUAUAUAUAUAUAUAUAUAUAUAUAUAUAUAUAUAUAUAUAUAUAUAUAGACCCCCACGCAUAGAUACGUUGAACCUUGUUUAUCCAUUUCCAGUUAUUUUGUUAUCAACUGUAAUUUGUUAAAACUAAUCUUGUAUAUAGAACAAUACCCAACACCUUAUAGGGUUUCUACUGAGAUAUGAGCAUCUGGCUGUCUAUAGUAAAGAACCCUGAGUGCCAACAAUGCUCUGACCUCAGGAUGUGUUCCUUUGAUCCAUGUAGUAUCCUGGCAUGAUGCUCUGCGGUUAGAAUCAAAUACUAAGGUUAUUACAUGAUAUGAGAUUUUACUAUCUCCUCCGUUACAACAUCUUUAUUCCUGGAAACUUUUCUUUCUUGUGAGAGAUUUCCAAGUCCAUAAAAAGUUCUAAGUACGCCAUCGGAAAACUUCCUUCGCAGCUGGUCGGCCCUAUAAACAUGGAAAUGUUGCAAUACCAUUUUGUGAGAAGGAAAGGGAAUUUUAAGAGCUUUCAAGAGUCUUUCAAAGUGUAUUGAGUGAAGCAAUUGCUAUUCAUAGGGAUUAUGCAUUUCACGUCCGAGCGAAUUCCUUUUCUGGCGCUGUAUCUGCAAACGGCUCACCGAUAUUUCGACAAAGUUAUAAAAUACAUAAAUCUUGGGUUUUUACACCAGAGUUCUAUAAUGCCGCACACUAAAGAAAGAUAGAAGCAUUGAGAAAACAUUUCUAUUGCAUUUUGAAGGCUGAACGCAGGCCUUUCCCGAGUUUUAUUGUCGCCAACAAUCACUGAGGUACAGCGGUUUAAGGGUCUAUGGAAUAUUACAUCUAUUCAAUUUGCAAUUCUGCUCUUCUUCUGUAAAUAAAGAUGGAUUUCAUUUAAAACCUGCCUGUACCUCUCUGCAUAAGAAUAAAUAAUGUCAAAGUGAUUGCUCUCCUAAAAUAAUGCAGUGCCGCGGCUCUUUAAUCCCACAAAACCAUUUAAUAAAGCUAUCCUGUACAGCUGGAA